UUUGGUUUGCUCUCACAAGUGGUACCAGUAGUAGUGCAAUAACAAAUACGAUGCUUUGGCAUAUACGGAUAUGCAACUUUGGAAAACAGGUGUAGAGCAUGACCAACACAAAAUUUGAUAUUUUGACAUUCCUUUUUAGAUCUCAAAGAUCUGAUAGUGAAAGUGAGAAGAAUAAACCAUUAUUGAACGAGCAAGUGUAAAAAUGAGGUAACCGAAUAUUGGUGAUGCUGUUUUCAGCAUGCAUAACUCCAGUUGCUACUUGGUACCAUACAAGAUUCCAAUUUUAAGUUAAUGAGAUAGCAAAUCUCAGAACAAUGUGUGAAAAUUCCACAGGUCUAGUUCUAUAACCACUCAUUCAUAUGCAGGUCAACAUCAUCAUCAGAUAAAAAGAUACCAAAAAUCACAGACUCCUCUGUUAUAAAUAGAUACUCAUCAACAACACAUUCCCUUAGAUUUUUUUCCCUGUAUUCCUUCUGAAUCUUCGGUUGUGCUAUUAAUUAUUUUCUCCACAAAAUCAACAGCAACAAGCCAUGUCAGUGUGUGGAAGCUCACAACACAUGUUUGAGAAGCCAUCACUGCCAGAAAACCCUACCCUCAUUGAAUCCUUCUCAGGGAGCCAAAUCAAACAACCCCUCUACUCCUUCACUGACUUAUUUGGUGAACUCCAUUUCAAGGAAAACCCCAUACACCACACAAAUGCUGUUUCAAACAUCACCCCAAGAACAUGCACACCCCACAAGAAAAGUGACAGUUUUUCCUCCUUGGGCUCUGAGAGCCUGCACGUGUGCACCGAAGGGCUUGGCUUUGAGAGCUCCGAUGAUGGUGAAGAGUGGAAGAAGGAGGUGAGGGAUUUGGAAAGUGAUGAGAGAGAGAAAGAUGGUGGGAUUUAUUAUGGGAAGAAGCGUUUAGGUUUGGGAGAACAUUGGAGGAGAAGGGUGAGUAGUGCAUAUAGGGUGGAAUAUAUAUACCCUCCUCCGAUUUCGUGCAUGGGGAACUUCAUCUCUUAUAGAAACAAUGGAAGGUUUGUUCUUAAGAAAAUAAGAACACCCUCUCAAGAGUUUUUGCGAGCUCAUAGGGAAGAUGGGAGGUUAAAGCUUCACAUUGUGCAGAAUGAUGAGGACGAAGAGUUUAUGGCAGAAGAAGAAGGUGAUGAUUAUGAUGGUGCUGACGGUGACAACCAUGGAGAAGCAGAUGAAGCAGAAGUUGUAGAAAUGGGAGAAGAAAAUCUGGGAAAAGAAAAUUGUUAGUGUGACAGAUAUGAAGUAAAUGAAGAAAAAGGAAACUCUUGUGUAAGCCACUCUGCAGAUGAAAUAAAUAAAGGAAAUUUUUAUAUUUGUGUAUUUAUUUUUGGCGAUUACUUUUGUGUUCCUCGUUCAAAACAUAUUCUAAAACUAUAUUUAUGUCUUUUAGAAUUAUUUUUAUUUUGUAUAAGCAGUUAAAUGUAGUCUCUGGAUCCCAUCUCGGUGAUAAAGAGACAUUCUAUC